AUGUCACGCCAUACUUUCGCCUCCUGGGCAGUCCUGCUACUUCAGCUUUUCGCCAGUUCGUUGUUCCAAACAUCAACAUGCACCCAUUUCCCUCCAAACGUAGCUUCUCUUCAGUCCCGCUCCGCCAAUGAAUCGAGCACUACUCCAAAACUCGUAUUUGCUCAUUUUAUUGUUGGUCUCACGAUCAAUUACACCCAAGACACCUGGAACAAAGACAUUCAGUUAGCCGCUUCUCAUAACAUUGAUGCGUUCGCCCUAAAUGUCGGAUUGCCAUCCGAUUGGCAACUGAAUCAGGUCAAAAGCGCAUUCGAAGCAGCUAAGAAAGUCAAUACCGCAUCUGGGUCACCUUUCAAGAUGUUCCUAUCUCUCGACAUGUCAGUGAUCCAGUCGGCAAAAGAUGUUACUUCUUGGGUUACUGCAAUUUGCCCGCUGCCUGCACAAUUGCUCAUCAACUCUCGUCCCUUUGUAUCGACAUUUUCGGGUGAAGCCAACUUUUUGGGCGGCAAAAAUCUAUCUGACGGAUGGAAUCAAGCUUUAAAGGCACCACUGGCAGCUCUUAACCCUCCACUCAACGCACUCUUCAUACCCGCUUGGUCAAGUUUAGAUCCAACAACAGCUGUUAGCAAUAACCCGGUGGUUGAUGGAAUCAUGACCUGGCUUUCAUGGCCUAGCGGAACUGAACAGAUGGCAAAUACCGUCGAUGUCGCUUUUCAGAAGGACGCAAAAGCAUCACAAAAACUUUACAUGGCAGGCGUCAGCCCAUGUUUUUUCACGCACUAUAGCGAUAAAAACUAUUUAUUCAAAUCAGACGACAAUCUUUACAUUACGCGCUGGAAGGAGUUGAUUGACAUGCAACCCCAACCCGACUUCAUUGAAAUCAUCUCGUGGAAUGACGUGGGUGAGAGUCACAACAUAGCACCAAUGCUAGGAACACGACCGGUCAAUACCACUUGGAUUGAUGGGAUAGAUCACUCUGGAUGGCUCAAGAUGUCGGACUAUUUUAUUCAAUGGUACAAGUCUGGAAGUCCACCCCAAAUCAAAGAAGAUGUUUUAUAUUUUAAUUAUCGCCCCCAUUCGGUCACUGCUGUAGCAUCAUCGGAUUCAUUGCCAUCACCAACGAACGCUUCGGCUUCUGUGGACGCAGUCUAUGCCGCCGCCUUCUUGACACCGAAUUCAAACGCUCGCGAAAUUCAAAUCACUGUUGGUGGUACCCAACACAUGUUUUCGAACCUUUCAAUGAGUACCUUUUCUACAUUCACUGCACCAUGGAGUGGAGAUGGUGGAAAUGUUCAGGUCUCCAUUCUAGAUGGAAAUGGAAAGCAAUUAUUGAAAAAGACUGGAACCGUACCUAUCAGCAAUAAAAUCAAGACCUAUAACUUCAGUUCGUUUUAA